GGCCAUCAACCAUAUUGUUUCCAAGGCGGGCGGGCAGGCCAGCGUGAUUUCUCCUUCCCCCUUCUAUACAGCCGUAUCAUUUUCAAGGCGGACAGGCAAGCAAAGCAUCGUUUCCCCUCCCUUACAACUCCAAAUUUGCCCAGUGCCGGCCGUGCUGCUUAGGAGAGAAAAAAGGUACUUAAAAAGGUACCAACAUGUAUUUCUUUGGUGCGGGGUACAAGCCAAUGCCACUUCAUCAACACCAACCCAUAUAACUGAACAUCCGACCCCCUUUCUUCAGGACGCCGUUCCGAGAGCUCCUCGACCACACAUACAUCACCUCCAGGCAAAUCAGACUAUCUUGUUUGUGGACCACGUUUUCCCUCGGUUCUUUACCAACGAAUGGGCACCCUCCGGAAAUUACUCGAGAAGCACGGCAAGAGGAAAGCCAUUGUUGGGUUGACGGCAUGGGAUUACCCCAGCGGUCUUUUGGCCCAACGUGCAGGUGGGAUUGAUAUGGUCCUCGUGAGCGACUCACUGGGAAAGAUUGUCCUGGGACUUCCCGGGUCAAUUGGGUUGAGUUUGGACGUGAGUGCACCCGUUCGGAGGCUUCUUCAUAAUUAUCAUUAUUAGGCUCUUCUCGUUGUUACCUCAUGUCGCUUGAUUUUAUCCCUUUCUCCCAUCCCGGCCCCCCGCAAACCAUCUGUAUCAUCCAUCAUCGCCGCCAUCGUGCUUCAUCAUCCCCAUCAUGUCUCCGGGGUCUAAUUACUAGGGCACGGGCGCAGGAUAUGAUUCAUCAUGCUAAAGCAGUUGCCCGCGCUGUCAAAACCCCAUUCUUACUGGCUGAUUUACCAAUGGGAAGCUAUGAAAUAUCACCAGAACAAGGUCCUUACUUCUCACUCGUUCAUCCCUCUCUCACACACUCUCUCUUUCACACUCUCUACUCGUGUCGGGGAGAAGCAUAAGCUGGGGCUGGUACUGACCAUGUUAUCGAGGCUAUAGCUCUGACAUCUGCCAUCCGCAUGAUCAAAGAAGCGCCAGGGGUAUCGGGAGUAAAACUCGAGGGCGGCAAAGAAAUAAUUCCGCAGGUUUCCAAGAUCACCUCUGCGGGUAUCCCGGUAUUCUGUCAGGUGGGCAUAACACCGCAGCGAACGAUCCAGACGGCGAACGAUGAGGAGGGCACGGGCAGAAGUGAAGUGAGCGUUAGUACUCCCAGUGUUCACCUGGCGUCGACGGGGAAGGAGUGUUUGUGGAUGGGGCUCGGACGAACUUCGGUUGGGUCUAGUUCAUUUUUUCUGAGGAAAUUUACCAGGCUAGUGAGAUAUUCGACGAUGCGCUAUGCCUUCAGAAUGCUGGCGCUGUGGGCAUCAUGUUGACUGCUGUGUCUCAAGAGGCAGCGAAGCUGAUGAGGGAUCAUCUGACGGUUCCGACAAUUGGUAUAGGGUAUGACCUUUUCGCUCCAAGGCUGUUUGCAAGGUUGAAUAGGGCUUGUUUGACGGUUGAAUGGUCCAGCUCUGGGAAACUCUGCGACGGGCAGAUGGUAUUCCAAUCCGAGAUUUUAGGUUACCAAGAUCCUUGUGUUCCACAGUGCGUUGUGCCCUUGGUCAUCUAAACUUCUGAGCACUUCUGACGCCCAUGACAGGUGGCACAGUCAAUUCGAGUCAAUUGGGGCAAAGUCACUCACUGCUAUCCGUAACUACGUGAAGGAGGUUGGCGAGGGGGAAUUCCCGGGUGAUGAAUUGGUACAUCUCCUACACCUACCUCCAUCCUGAGAAUUACAUCAUUUCGCAAGCCUUCUUUCUUCUAUCCUCUCCGCCCUACCGCUGCGUUUUGUGGGAGGGAAAGAAAGGUUGGCUAAUUGGGAUUGGCCGGGUCGUGGUCGUGGCUGGGCUUUGUUGCGUGCGCGCUGAAUUACAGACUCAUCAUUUGUUCACUGGGCAGAAUCUGGACAAUUUGGGGUUGGACGGCUUAGUUGUGGAUUGAGGUGGUUUUCUCUGCAUCUUGGGUUCCACUUGGUUUGUUUGUUUUAGAGUUUUUUUUUUAUCCCUCUCUGCCCGGGACGAAUGCGAGAAAUAAACGGAUGGCGAUAAGUACAUUGAGGGUGCCAUGACAAGCCGAGGGAUAGGAAGGGCGAUGGAAGACAUAUGUAGGUGGGGGUUUCAGAAUCAUUAUUUUUUAGCUUUUUUCUUUCUCUCAGGACAAGGCGUUUACUCCUCCCCCCUCGUUUUUUUUCACUUUCCUUGCUCCUUCCUUUUCUCCUGAUGGUUUCGCGAAAAAAUCCAAACGGUGUUAGGUCACUCAUCCAUGAUAUCAUACCGCUCAUGUGUACAAGUACCGCAUUAUGGGCUCGUGCGUGUGUGUACAGAGAGACCUACGGACAAGCGAGAUGUGGUAGUAGUACGGUAUCGACGGAAGUGUCAUCAAACGUCGAAAGUAUGGAUAGC